AUGCGGGAGCUAGAGGAAAGGUUACUCAGAGUUGAGACUGGCACCCCACCACUAGCGCAGAAUCCACUCUUUACUGCACGACCUGGUCCAUUUACCGCCAGAAUUUUGCAAACCGUCAGACCCACAUAUGCCAAAACACCCAAGAUAGCCCAAUUUGGCGGAUCAACAGAUCUAUUCGUGCACAUGGACACUUUCAAGAAGGUGACAAGUAACAAGGGAUUUGAGGACGCAAUGCUUUGUCACCUAUUCAGCGAAACGUUGGAUGGCGAGGCAAUGAGUUGGUUUUUCAAAUGCUCUCCAGGUUCCAUGGACUCAUUCUCGGCUCUGUCAAAUGCGUUUCUGUCAAGAUUAAUCCUCAUGACGGACGGCUACCACAACUCUAGCCAAUUAUUCAGCAUCAGCCAGGGUAUUGACGAGUCGUUAAAAUCAUUUGUAACAAGGUGGAGGACCACCAUAUCAAGAUGCCGGGAUCUUGACAAAACAAUGGUGCUGGCGGCCUUCAAGCAAGGACUCCGCAAAGCAAGUUUUCUGUACCACCAAAAUUGUAAUUGUCCAAAUGCUACAUAUGUCUACGUCAUGAAUGAGGCAGUCCUGCAUGCCCAAGCUGAAUACAGCACUUAUGGCGCCACACCACCACCACCACAAACUCCACUUAAAAACCCCCAACCCCCCACAUUCCAACAUGGAAACACCACCACAACCCCAAACAUAACCACACCGCCCAAUGACAAAAAAAGGGAAUGGCAGCGGGAAAUAUAUGAUCAGUGCAAAGAUCAAAUCCCACCACCACCCCCAAGAAAAUACCGCAGAGUAGGAAAACCUAGAAACACCGGCAAAUGGUGCAAACACCAUGAAGAUAGCAGUCACAACACUAACGACUGCAAUGCACUCAAGACUGCAAUUGAGUCAUUAUACCGUGACGGAAAGCUUGAGCUGUAUAAGGUCCAUCAACAACCUCUAGUUGUCACCAACAUCGAGCCAAUGCGGCAGAUUAACACCAUUGAUGGCGGUGCUUUCAUAGGCAGCUUAUCACACAGAGCAAGAAAGCGUUAUGAGCGCGCUAACCACCCAAGGGAGGUAUUCAAUAUUCGCUAUGACAGAUCAAUCAAGAUGGCCAAAACUGGUUGGAAACCAAUCACUUUCUCUGAGGAGGAGGAGCGCGGUAUUCACUCACCGCAUGACGACCCAUUUCUGAUAGAUGCAGUCCUCGACAAGUGGUCUGUAGGAAGGGUACUGGUAAGCGGAUCAGCUGUGAACGUCAUUUUUAACGGAUGUUACAAACAACUGCAGAGCAACAACAAGCUUCUGCAGGACCACGAGCCGCUACUCAGUUUUUCCGGUGACGUGACCCAAUCUAUGGGGUCAGAUUAUAUGCGCUUGUUGGUCGGAAUAGUCCCUUGCACGGCGGAAAUUCAUACUGAAUUCAUUGUAGUAGACUGCUUCAGCUCGUACAAUGCCAUUAUCGGUCGUCCAACUCUCAACAAACUCAAAUGCAUUAUAGCCGGAUACAUGCUACUCAUGAAGUUCCCAACACUCAACGGCACAGGAUCUGUCAGGGGAAGCCAAUCAAUUGCACGAGAAUGCUACUCCACAACGAUGUCAAGGUCAAGAGGUCGCUAA